UUAGUAUCGGUCAGUCGCAGGCGCACUCCCGUUCGAAUAGCAUGUUAGACCGAUCAGUACGCGUUCGUUGAAAUGCGGUGUGAAAGCUCACGAGUUGCAAAGGUUUUAUUUAUAAGUGCCAUACUAUAACUAUCGACCCAUUUCAUACGGUCAUUCCUGUCACAUGCGAGAAAAAUUUAACCGGAAUAUUAAGUGAAUUUUAAUGGGCUGCUUCGGAAUUCGCAACAUUGUUGUAGUGACCUUUAGGAGAGAACGAAAAUAAACCUCAAACUGUCAGUGUGUAAAAAAUUGUGUAACAAACCCAGAAUAAAACAUAGAAAUUUCGUCUCAACGAAAUGAUGUUUGUAACUAGAAUGACCCGUCAUGUUUCACUAAAACGAAACCAAAAAAACUGAGGAUCAAUUUUACGAGUUUAACCUCAAAUUCGUCGUCGAGUGCCAUGGACGCCGCAAUUUCAUCAGCUGUGGUGGUCUGAUAGUGAUUCAGUGUGUGUUUUGUGUAUGGUUUCCGAAGUUUCACUACACCUGCCUUCAUACUCAGACGUUCCGUCAAUCAGCUUAUUUUGAUUGCGUACGUCGCGACGCCAGAAUAGUAUCGUCACCAUCAAAACGGGGGAGGUCCAAGCGUAGUCCCGUUCGACACACAGUUUGCGAAACGAUCCGUUACAUAACUUGAAUUACACGGUGCAAGUGCUGUAUGACAACCGGCAAACAUGGCUUCGUUCGGCGUGUGGGACUACGCGGUGCUUGUCGUCGUGCUGCUAGUAUCCGCCGGCAUCGGCGUGUACUACAGGUUCUCCGGUGGAAAACAGAAAACUACUACGGAAUAUCUCCUAGCCGAUCGGAACAUGUCCAUCUGGCCCGUAUCCUUCAGCUUGAUGGCGAGCUUCAUGUCAGCCAUCACCUUACUGGGAGUGUCCAACGAAAACUACCAAUUCGGAACUCAGUUUGUGGUGAUCAAUAUAUCGUACGGUUUGGCUACCCCGAUUGCAGCCUACCUGUUUCUACCGGUGUUCUUCAAGCUGGAAGCGAGUAGUGCCUAUGAGUAUCUGGAGUUACGUUUCGGCAAGAAGACUCGACUGGUGGCCUCGUUUGCGUAUCUACUGCAAAUGAUCCUAUAUAUGGGUAUCGCGGUGUAUGCCCCGGCGCUGGCGCUCGAAGCAGUCACCGGAUUGCCCCAAACCUACUCUAUCCUGACGAUCGGAAUCAUAUGCACAUUCUACUCGACAAUAGGCGGUAUGAAGGCAGUACUUUUCACCGAUCUGUUCCAGUCGUUUUUAAUGUUUGCCGCGAUCUUCGCGGUAAUAAUCUGCGCAGGGAUCGAUGCCGGUGGGUUGGGGAAAAUUUGGGAAACUGCGGAAAGGGAUGGUCGGCUGGAAUUUUGGAAUUUUGAUCCAGAUCCAACGACCCGUCACACUUGGUGGUCUCUAACUAUCGGUGGUAUGUUCACCUACCUGUCACUGUACGCAGUCAAUCAGACUCAAGUUCAGCGACUAAAAACCGUCAAGGAUCUUAAAACAGCCCAGCGCGCACUAUGGCUGAACUGGCCAAUACUCUCGUUGCUGAGUUUGACAACCUCUUUUAGUGGCCUUGCUAUUUACUACUACUACAGUACCUGUGACCCACUGAAGCAGGGUCGAAUAACGGUACGGGACCAAACAAUGCCCCUUUUCGUGGUGGAUGCCAUGGGAAACAUUCCUGGCCUACCGGGACUUUUUGUAUCGGGAAUUUUUUCCGCUAGUUUAUCGACCGUUUCGGCCGCCCUCAACUCACUGGCCGCGGUAACUCUGGAGGACUAUCUGAAACCGAUUUAUGCAAAGGUCAUGAAACGUUCGCUGCCCGACAUGCAGUCCAGUUUCCCGACCAAGGUAAUGGCCGCAAUAUACGGAGUUGUAUGUUUAGCAGUCGCUUUCAUCGCCCAGUUCAUGGGUGGCGUUCUACAGGCUUCGUUGACAAUCUUCGGCGUCGUUGGUGGACCGCUGUUUGCUCUGUUCACCAUGGGGAUGUUUACCAAGCGGGCGAAUCAAAGAGGAGUCAUCACUGGACUACUGAUAGGUAUUUCGUUUUCACUCUGGAUCGGAUUUGGCCAACCGAAACCACCUCUCAAGAUGUUAGACUUUUCGGUAGAAGACUGCAGCCGUUUCGGUGGCUAUAAUUCCACCACGAUCUCACCCAUGGUAAUGGCACAGCGAGUAGACCGAUCUGAUGAUUCAGACUAUUUCUACUUAUACCGUUUGUCGUACCUGUGGUCGGUUGUUCUGGGUUACAUAGUAACGUUCGUAGUCGGCUAUAGCACUAGUUUACUACUGCGAUGGCUCGGUCACCAAGGAGCGGAACGGAUCUACCUAGACAACGAUAAAAUCUACAUCAAUACGGAUCUAUUCUCGCCUCCGGUGGCGAAACGCAUGAAGCGAACACUCGCGAAACACAUUGAGAAUGGAGGCGACAUCGAAAUCACCAAACGAAACGGCAACACAAAAUCUGAGUUCAGUCGCCUUUAAAAGCAACAUUGACCAGUUGUGAUCGGGUCAUAACAAAUCGUUUCAAAGCAUGUAUUCAACGAAAACGAAUGACUGGUGCAUUUGUGUGUGAUCUCCAUUCAGCCUCUCAUCAUCCCCUUUCACAUCGAUAUCAGCUCAAUGUCGGCACGCAACUUAAAGUGAAUUUACAAAUAUGUGCAGCAGUUUAAGCGCCAACCAGCGAAAGCUACGAUAAGGAUCAAACUAAUGUCUUCCAGAAAAGUAGUUACAAUAAAAUUUGCCAGAGUUAUUGUUAGUUAUAGGCACAAACUGAAGUUUACUUAAGGGUUUUCCUAGGAUAUAAUGGUUUCUAAUUUGUUGUUACUAUAUGAUAUUAGUUGCCAAUAGACACAAGUGAGAGAGCUUAUUCUAUAAUUAGCUCAGUCAGCUUUGUUUAAGAAAGUGAUGUAGGUAUAUUGAAAAGAGCAAAGAUAAUAAAUAUUGGAUAUACAUGUGAAAAA